AUGCUUUUGUUUCUAUAAUUCUAUAUUGUCUCUUCCAUGUAUCCAGUUUCCUAUAUAGAUGAACGACCGUACUUGAAUUUAGACUCAGAUCUAUAAGUUCAACUAAAAUUAGAUGAAGUGUUAUCUGAAUUCUUACAAAGACAUUCAUAGAAUGAUAGAUGUCCAGACUUUGAAUUGGAUGAAUGCUAUGAAGAUGUUUAUUAAAAUGGAUAAACUAAAAAAGUAAAGCUAGAAAAAGAAAUCUUUUAUCUUUAUGAUAUUAAAUAUGAAGAAAAGAUUUAGUAAACUAUUAUUUAUUCUGACUAAUAAUUAGAAGAUGUUUAAAAUACAAUUAGUUUCCUUGCUCUGGCUCCAUUUUAGAAUCACAAAAACACCUUUUAUUAGAAUGGAUUUAGUUUAUGUCUAUCUGAGACUGAAGGAUAUAUUAUUACAGAUUUCAAUUCAAUAUCUUAAAACACUUAGUCUUCAAAUACUGAAGGUGUAUUUACUAGAUUAAAGGAAGAAUAAUAUACAACCUAUAGUCUACAUCUUCAAAAUAUGGAAAUUGAUUUCAAAGUUAAUGAUAUUUCAUCUUAUCCAGUCUAUAUUGUUUCAGAAGAUGUUAUUUCAAUACCUAAAGAAAUCUUCCCUAAAAAAUAUUUUGAAUCCAAAGGUUUCAUCUAUGAUUCCAAUGGAUUCUAUUAUAGAGAUCAUUCAAAUAGAGGAGAUGAUUUAGAUUCUAUAUUAUUCUAUAAUAAUGCCAAUCAAGAUAAUCCUUUAAUAAUAGAUCCCAUCAAUUAUGUAAUAAAUUAAGAUAAUGGAUAAGAUGUAUUAAAGAUCUAUACAGAAGAAUAAUAUGAAAAUGCUAUCAUAUUAGGAUUACCAUUCUUAAAAAAUAAGAUAUUUAAUGUUUAAACUUAAGAAAAUUAUUUAUAUGUCUAAUAGCUGAAAACAAAUCUAUGUAUUUAAGAUGAACAAUCUAUUGGAGUUUUAGAAAUAAUAUUUAUUGUACUCCAAGUUAUUUUACUACCAUUUUUAGUUUAUUUUACAUUUAAAAAGUUGAGAAAAAAUGAAUAAUAGAAAUAAGAAUAAAGAUAAACUCAAUAAUUCAUAACUGAAUUGUAAUGA